CCGCCCCGCGGCCCCUUCCCCCCCUCCCCGCACACCGGCCCCGCCAUGGACGUGAAGCGGCUGAAGGUGACCGAGCUGCGGGCCGAGCUGGGCCGGCGCGGCCUGGACGCCCGCGGGCUGAAGGUGGAGCUGGCGCAGCGGCUGCAGGAGGCCCUGGACGCCGAGAUGUUGGCGGCGGGGCCCGAGGAAGGCGGCGGCGGCGGCGGCGGGGGAGGCCCGGCCGCGGCGGCCUCGAGCUGCGCAGGGGAAGCGGGGCCGGCGGGAGGCCCGGGCGGGCGGCCCCACGGAGGGGACGAGGAGGAGGAGGAGGAGGAGGAAGAGGAGGAGGAGGAAGAGGAGGAGGACGAGGACGAGGAAGCGCUGCUGGCGGAUGAGGACGAAGCGGCCGCCGCGGCCCCCGAGGCGGCCCCGGCCCAGCCCGGCCCCCCCGGGGAGGAGGAGGAGGACGAGGAGGAGGAGGCGGCCCCGGCCGAGCCCGCGGCGGCUCCGGAGCCGCUGCAGCCGCCGCAGGAGGAGGGAGCGGCGGCCGCGGCCGAGCCCGAAGCGGCCCCGGCGGGAGGAGGCGGCGGCCCCGGCGGAGUGAACGGGGCCGAGCGGCCGCCGGAGGAGGCGCCCAGCGGGGACGAAGCGGCCGCGGCCGAGGCCAAGGAGGAGGAGGCGCAGGCGGGUGAGGAAGAGGAGGAGAAGGCGAAGGCGGGCGGCGGCGCCGAGGCCGAGCGGCGCGGGGUGAAACGGCUCCGGGACGAGAAAGACGAGCACGGCCGCGCCUACCACGAGUUCCGUGAGGAGGCCUACAACAGCCGAUCCAAAUCGCCGCCGCCGCCGGAGGAGGAGCCGCCGGAGGGGGAAGAGGACGAGACCCUCGUCAUCCUCGACACCUACACGUCGGAUCUGCAGUUCCGGGCCAGCCGCGAUCGUUACGGGGGGCAGCCGCUCUUCUCCGAGAGAUUCCCGGGACUCUGGGCCGGAGCCCGCAGCACCCACGGAGUCACCCGGGGCAGGGUGUGCUUCCAGGCCAGGGUGUCGCAGAUCCUGCCCGGGAAGGAGGGGAGCUCCGAGGUGCCGCUGCUGCGCGUGGGGUGGUCGGUGGAUUUCUCCCACUCCCAGCUGGGGGAGGAUGAGUUUUCCUACGGCUUCGACGGGCGGGGGCUGAAGGUGGAGAACGGAAAAUUCCAGGAAUUCGGGGAAAGCUUCGGAGAGAGCGACGUCAUCGGCUGCUUCGCGGAUUUCGAGGACCCGUCCGUGGUGUCUCUGUCGUUCUCCAAGAACGGUCGGGAUCUGGGCUCGGCGUUCCAGAUCCCCAAGGAUUCCCUGCGGGAUCGGGCUCUGCUGCCCCACGUGCUCUGCAAGGGCUGCGCCGUGGAGCUCAACUUCGGGCAGCGCCCGGAGCCGCUGGCUCCCGUUCCCGACGGCUUCCUCUUCAUCCAUCACAUCCCCGCUCCCGACAGGGUCCGGACACCGCCCGGGCCCAAAACCACCGAGGAGUGCGAGGUGCUGCUCAUGGUGGGGCUCCCGGGCUCCGGGAAGACUCAGUGGGCACAGAAACAUUCCCAGGAAAAUCGGGAUAAACGCUACAACAUCCUGGGAACCGAGCGCGUCCUGCACCAGCUGACGACGCGGGGGCCGGAGCCGGAGGAGUUGGAUGCCAAGAGCCGGGAGCUGCUGACUCAGCAGGCGGCGCAGUGCCUUAGCAAGCUGGUGCAGAUCGCCCCCCGCGCCCGCCGCAACUUCAUCCUCGACCAGUGCAACGUCUACAACUCGGGGCAGCGGCGGAAGCUCUCGGCCUUCAAGGGAUUCUCCAGGAAAGUCGUGGUGAUCGUUCCCACGGAGCCGGAGUGGGAGCAGCGCCUGGAGCGGCGGCGCCAGAACGAGGGAGACGACGUCCCCGAGUCCGUCAUGCUGGAGAUGAAAGGU